UCGGUACUCGCAUAUGAUGAUCUGGAUGUCGGAGCGGUCAACACGACCGACCAGGGCGAGCAGAAAGCACAUCCGCUGACAUCCUUUUUUGUUCCAGAACAGGCGUCGUUCUCCAUUGGGCACGGUCACCUCCAGGUAGAGAGGUGCAUUGCAGACUGGAAGCUGCCGAUAUCGAUGGCAUGGAAGCAUGUUGGUAUCUCUCUGUGCCGGUAUGAUCAUGGUCUAAGAAUUUUGACGCCCGCCUGUCCACCAACAGCAACUUGAGGAUGCGGAAGGCAUGGACAUGGGCACGAACAUGGUAUUGCAGCUGCAUACGACUACCGCCACGCAAGGCGAGCGGGUGCGAUACUGUGACUUCGAUUCAAGAACAUGGUACAAGCAUGACGAGAUCGCAGGAGAGAGACGAAGGUUGCACCGCCUCUUCCACGUUGACCUGCCCCUCUGGAACAUGGCGAUGCCCUCUUUCUCUCUCCCUCUCACUCUCUGAAUGCACCACGGAUAUCUAGGCAGCCCCGAUCUACUCUUCCAUCAUGGGGGAACCUUGCCGCUCGCCAAAGAGCCGUCGAUUCUUGGAGCCUCGAAAGCAAUAUUCCGUGUUGGGCCUCAAAGUAUACCUUCUUCCUACAACCCACUCCCUUCGCAAUGGCGGGGUAGUACUUAGGUGAUCGUGGCUGGCUCGCGGGUAGGGCGAACUAGUUCCGAUGAUAGUACCGCACAAAGGCUCUCCACCCUCUAUCUCUAGCCUCUUUCUCUUUUUGCUUUGAGUGGUUGAGCUCGCGCUCUAUGAUGUAUAUUGGACUAGCUCCAACCGCUAUCUCUUUCCUUCUUUCGCCUGACUUCCGUUGGUUCAUCCUAUCCCAUCUUCCACGGAUCCACUACUUCUGAACACUUCAUGUCUAGUUGCUCCUACUACGCACCUACCUCAUGCAGCUUCUUGUUGGCAAGCUGUACAGCUCUCGAGUGCGAAGAAGAGCAAUCAAUCAUAGCCGUCCCGGUACACCCUUUAUCGGUUAAGAUUGUCCCCGAUGCUCAAGAGAAGCCGUGAAUCUGGCUCUGACUCGCACUUCCAACUGCCUGUUGUUUCUUCUUUUUGAGUAUAAAUAGGGAACGUUCCCCCUUAGGUUUUGUCUUCCUAUUCAUCUCAAACCACGCACGCCAGACCAGAACCUUUCAGCAACUUGUCCAAAUUUGUGGACCUUUGGAAUACUUAUCUCCUGCUUUUGCAAUAUCUUACUACUAUACUUGCGACGAUUCUUCUCCACCAUGGCUCCCUCUGCUAUCUCAGACAUACUUCCGGAUAACCAAGAGACUUCCUUGUCUCUUCACAAAGCCUCUAAUGGCCAUAUCAACGUCAGCGGGGGCAUCAAGAGAAAUUUACACCUCACCCGAGACCUCAAGAAAUCAUUCCCUAUCGUGACUAGAGGCAAGGGCAAUUUCCUCACCCUCGAAGACGGCAGUAUUAUUCUAGAUGCCGCCGGUGGGGCUGCUGUGUCAUGUCUAGGACAUGGCAACCAAAGAGUGAUUGAUGCUAUCACUCGCCAAUGUAUGCAAUUUCCCAUACGGUCCUUCUUGAAUUCUUAGCACGUGCUAAUAUGCCGCAGUGAUGACUGGAUCCACUUAUCUCUGCUCCUCAAUUUGGACCUCUAAUACAGUCAAUGAAUUGUGUGAAGAGUUGAUAAAUGGAACACAAGGUGCUAUGAGCAAGGUUUAUUUGACUGGCUCAGGUAUGUGGUCACUCCUCUUCUCUUCGGCACUUCUAAGCUCACGCCUCUUAGGUUCCGAAGCAAUGGAAGCCAGUGUCAAGCUCUCCCGUCAAUUCUUCUACGAGCAAGAUAAAAAUACGCCAAGAGUUAACUUUAUCGCUCGAGAGAAUUCAUAUCACGGUAUCACAAUAGGCGCUCUUGGUGUUUCCGGUCAUAAAGCUCGUAGAGCGCCAUUUGAACCAUUUCUUAUGAAUGUCCACCGAGUCUCCGCGUGUAAUGCAUACCGCCAGCAAACCAAUGAGUCUAACGAAAGCUUCGUAGCCCAGAAGGCUGCUGAACUCGAAGCGAAAUUUCAAGAACUCGGCCCCGAUACUGUCGUUGCCUUUGUAUGCGAGCCCGUAGUAGGUGCCGCGCUAGGAUGUGUUCCGUACGUUCCUGGUUAUCUCAAAGCUAUGAGAGACGUCUGUCAUAGGCAUGGCGCACUCUUUAUUUUGGACGAGGUUAUGAGUGGGAUGGGGCGUUGUGGGACCCUGCAUGCUUGGCAAGAGGAAGGCGUUGCACCCGAUCUCCAGACGGUCGGCAAAGGACUCGCGGGCGGUUAUCAACCAAUUGCAGCAGUUUUCAUCUCGCAAAAGAUCGUCAAUGGGCUACACAGUGGUAAAUUUGUUCACGGACAAACAUAUCAAGCAAUGCCUGUUCAAGCAGCUGCCGCACUCGAGGUACAGAGGAUUAUGCGAGAAGAUAAAUUAGUUGAGAAUGUCCGAAUUCAGGGAAAAUACCUCGGACAGUGCUUAAAAGAGUAUCUUGGAAAGCAUCCGAAUGUUGGUGACAUCCGCGGGAAGGGGCUCUUCUGGGGUAUCGAAUUUGUUCAGGAUAAGCGAACCAAAGAGCCAUUCGACCCUCGGCGGUGUGUAGCACAAGUGGUGCAUGAUACAGCGAUCUCGGACUUCAAAAUAGCCUUGUACCUGGGAACCGGCACAGUUGACGGUACGAAAGGAGAUCACGUUAUUAUUGCACCAACGUAUAUUUCCACUCGGGAGGACAUUGAGUGUAUUGCGAAGACUGUUGCCGCAGUGGUUAACCACGUCUUCUCACAAAAGAUCUUGCUCUGAGCUUUCAUCACCGAUUUCUUUUAAUCUAGCUCGCACUUACAAAUUGUAGGUAAAGCAGCGUUGGUGUACAGCGUGUGGCAAUUGUGGUCUUGGAGGAUCAGGAACGAAAAUGAUUUCUUGUGGAUACAUGCACCU